UUCUUAAACAACAUCUUACAUUUUAGAUUGUAGAUGAGCUGAUGGCGGAGGGAAUAUGUUCCGACAGCAUAUAUGGAACGGGUAUGAAACAUUAUGCCACGUAUAUUAAGACGGCGCUUAGCCAGUAUACGAGGCACACAGAUUCUGGAACAGGCACGACUCAUACCAUGCUGAUAGACCACGGAAUAAAAGUUCCCAUAUCGUGGCCUGUUGGUACCUAUGGGUUCAUGCAAGGUACACAUGGAUGUCCGGGUGGGAAGACUAUAUGGUCGUCUGGAUGGAGAAAAUACGAUACUGAAGAUUUACGCUCCAAAAAUUCCUUCUCAGCUAACAUCGGUUCUUAUCUUAAAGGGGAGUUUCACAGCAGCGACAUAAAGACUUACUUCUGUAUGAAGAGCAGCGAAAGAACAAGCCAGUACGAUAUGAUUUGGCAAAGUGGCGCAUACUGUAUACUGAAACAUGGUUCAUGUCCACAAGGAUUUUCUACCGGGUACGUAUUCUGGGACGAUGAAGACCUUAACAACGGCAACGCUAAAGGUGGAACACUUCCAGAUGGUACCUACGACAAAAACACGAGGAUCUAUUACUGCUGCAGAAAUGACGGAUCACCUCAAACACCUCUUUUACUACCAACCCAACGACCGUUCGUACUCGUGCGAUACGGUAGAAUAUGUCAAUCUGUGCACGGGAUGCACGUGCGUGACGUAUUCAUACACUGGGAUGACGAGGACUUUGGUAACAAAGACAGUGCAGGGGGCAUGCAUCCACUGGACGAUGGCGGUUCAAAUAACCAUCGGCUGCAUUUCUGUUAUUACUUUUCUUCCAGUAGUGCAUCUCUAAUAGGCUAACAUGUAAAGUGUUCAAAGUUUGAUGUAUCCCAAUUAAAAAAUAAAAGUUUUGAAACACUA